AUGGCUGAUCAGACCGUCGACGAAUCUCAUGUUGCGGCAGAGGCAAAUGAGCCAUCGGAAGACGCUGACUCUGCAUAUGGCGGAGACGAAUUAGCAAGCUACGCAACUUCACUGAGUUACAGCGUCACAGACUACAAGUACGAGCAUGGUCGGCGCUAUCAUAGUUUCAGAGAGGGGAUCUACAAUUUCCCCAACGAUGAAGAGGAACAGGAACGCCAGGACAUCAUGCACGAGGUGUUUCUCACCGCAAUGGGAGGUCAUUUCUAUCUGGCUCCUCUAACCGAAGACUUGGGUCGCGUCUUGGACAUCGGUACGGGCACAGGAAUCUGGGCCAUUCAAAUAGGCGAUACUUUCCCUUCGGCCGUUGUGAUUGGCAACGAUCUAAGUCCCAUCCAGCCCCAAUGGGUCCCGCCCAACGUAAAGUUUGAAGUGGACGACGUGGAAAGCGAGUGGCCAUAUUCACAGCCGUUCGACUACAUACAUUCUCGCUAUAUGGCUGGAUCAAUUGCUGACUGGCCUCGCCUGAUGUAUCAAUGCUACAAGUUAAGUCUUGCCUCCUUAACUUCUAGCUUUUGA